AAGCCCCCCCUAUCAGCAGCUCCAAACACCGAAAGCUAAAAAUAAAAUGCCCCUAAUUUUAUCACCUUACUCUCUGCAACUCUCCACAUUCCCUUCUCCUUUUAAACGUAAUUCUUCACCAACUAACAUAUCCUCCCUCACCCAACCAUGUAAUCUUCCAUCCCGACCCAUCACACGAAUAUCCUGUACCACCCGACCCAGGAGGAAAACGGGUUCUUCAAAACCUGAGGACGCCGAAGCCAAGGAACUAGUUCGGGUCUUAAUGAGAAGUUUCGGCGACAAAGAGCCGUUGGUUAAGACAUUGAGCAGGUAUGUGAGAGUUGUGAGAUGCGAACACUGUUUUCUCCUGUUUGAAGAACUCGGCAAAACUGAUAAAUGGCUUCAAUGCCUUGAGGUUUUCAGAUGGAUGCAGAAACAAAGGUGGUAUAUUGCCGAUAAUGGGGUUUACUCGAAAUUGAUUACGGUUAUGGGAAAGAAAGGCCGAACUAGAAUGGCUAUGUGGCUCUUCUCUGAGAUGCGUAACAGUGGUUGUCGGCCUGAUUCUUCGGUUUAUAAUGCUCUUAUCACCGCCCAUCUCCAUUCCCGUGAUAAAGCCAAAGCUUUGGACAAAGCUUUGGGUUACUUCAACAAGAUGAAGGGAAUUGAACGGUGUAAACCCAAUGUUGUCACUUACAAUAUUCUUUUGAGGGCCUUUGCUCAAGCUCGAAAUGUGGAUCAAGUUAAUGCUUUGUUUAAGGAUCUUGCUGAGAGCAGUAUUGCCCCUGAUAUAUAUACGUUUAAUGGUGUGAUGGAUGCAUAUGGGAAAAACGGGAUGAUCAGAGAGAUGGAGUCUGUUCUUUCUCGGAUGAAAAGCAAUCAGUGUAAGCCUGAUAUUAUUACAUUUAAUGUGCUUAUUGAUUCUUAUGGCAAGAAGCAAGAAUUUGAUAAGAUGGAACAAGUGUUUAAGAGCUUGUUGCGCUCCAAGGAGAAACCUACCCUUCCUACAUUUAAUUCGAUGAUCAUAAAUUAUGGCAAGGCGCGGCUUAAAGAGAGAGCUGAAAAUAUUUUCAAAAGGAUGACUGAUAUGAAAUACACACCAAGCUUUAUCACCUACGAAAGUCUUAUAAUGAUGUAUGGAUUUUGUGAUUGUGUUUCUCGGGCGAGGGAAAUAUUUGAUGAGAUUGUUGACUCUGGGAAGGAAAUGAAAGUUUCGACCCUAAAUGUCAUGCUUGAAGUUUACUGCAGAAAUGGUCUACCUAUGGAAGCCGAUAGGCUAUUUGAUAAGGCAAAUAACAUUGGGGCGAUUCCCGAUUCAUCGACAUAUAAACUUCUAUAUAAGGCCUACACGAAAGCUGACAUGAAAGACCUUGUACAGAAGUUGGUGAAAGAAAUGGAAAAAGAUGGUAUAGUCCCUAAUAAGAGAUUCUUCCUAGAGGCUCUUGAAGCCUUUGGAUCUCUACCGGCUAGUCCAGGUUCCGUUCAAGCCACAAGGAGUGGCAGGCCUGAGACUAAUGCAAAAACUGAGGUUAAAGUAAUUAAUUGACUGGUUCUUUGUUAUUUGGGUCUCCUUCCAACUAAGCCUGCAUCAGAGCAAUGGAUGGUUUUCAAUUUCAGCUAUAUUGACUGUUUUCCCCCACAAAAUGCUGCCGGGCAAUGAACCGAUUCUUCCCUCUGGUUUAAUCUGAAUGCAGUCCGCUUUCAAAGGCAAUGCAAUAAGACAAUGAAUGCAGAACGUUGGUCGUAUUGCAGGCUUUAUCCAUACUCAGUUGUAGUUACAAAGAGUUCAGACAGUUGGGUAUCUUCCUCGAAUCGUAAGCAGGUACUUACAGCAAUAUUGUUUUGACUCUUCAUUUUGCGUAAAGGAUGGUUGCAUCCGAUAUCAGUAUCUAACAUAUAUUUGGACUAUGGUUAUGAGUGUAUGAUUGUUCAAAUGUAUGAAAGAAAUCGAGUAUAUUUGUGUUGAAUAUAUUUCGUUUUCCUUAAGGAAGCCUAUAUGUUGGAUAAUACUAAACUCAUGUUAUUCAAUGGUAAGAGGAUGGCAAUGUUUUUUGUAAUAUCCAAAUUCACAUAAAUGCUUCAAAUUUUAAUUUC